CGAAUGAAGGAUGGAGCCUGGGAUCCUCUUGGGAGUGGAAACAGAAUCCUGGGGGAUCUGAGAUGCAGGAGGGAGCGUGGGCUCCCCUCAUCUCCACUCAGUUGCCCCAGGUCACCCAUUCCAGGGCCAAGGGCGGGGACAGGGGGCCACCAAAGAGUGGGAUCCAGGGAACAAGAAAAGUGAAUCCAAGAGCCGACUAGCUUGAGGCAGGGUCCUCAAAGAGAACAGGCUAGCUGCCCCCAGCCUCGGUCUGACCAAUAUUCCCCAGGAAUCUCCUUCCAGGAGUAGCUUGCCCUUGGAGGAGAUAAUGAGAACACUGCAGCUUCCAGAGGCUGGCUGGGGGCCAGCCAUCCUCCUUUCUUCUCAUCUCAUCUCUGCUCCGCUCCCCGCCCGGCCACGAUGGAGCAUUAAUAUUUCAGCACCGCCUGGCUGCUGGCAUUGGCUCCACUGCAGUGCACUUUGUCAAUAAGAGACAGCCAGCCAGGGAGGGAGCUAACCGGCUGUCAGCAGCAGCAGCAGCAGCAGCAGCAGCAACAGCGCCAGUCACACUCACUCAAGCCACAUUGAGCAGGGGGUCCGAGAGUGGCCGAGCCUCUGUCUGACUGCGCCCUGCCCCACCCCUGGGAGCUCACUGCCACCAUGGAUGUCUUUAAGAAAGGUUUCUCCAUUGCCAAGGAGGGCGUGGUGGGGGCUGUGGAGAAGACCAAACAGGGGGUCACUGAGGCAGCCGAGAAGACCAAGGAGGGGGUGAUGUAUGUGGGGACUAAGACCAAAGAGGGUGUGGUACAGAGUGUGACCUCAGUUGCGGAAAAGACCAAGGAACAGGCCAACAUGGUAAGUGAUGCCAUGGUGGCCAGCGUGAAUACUGUGGCCAACAAGACGGUGGAAGAGGCUGAAAACAUCGUGGUGACCACCGGCAUUGUUCGGAAGGAGGACUUGGUGCACCCAGCUCAACCUGUGGCCCCAGAAGACCAGUCGGCAGAGGCUGCAGAAGUUACUGAGGAGGUUGAGGGCAGUGGAAACUAGCCUGCGAAUCUUCCCAGAGCCAGGCCAAGGAUUGUGGAGCCACUAGCUGACAUUAACCCCCUCAGCACCUGCCUCUCCUAGUGCAAACAUCUUCUUGGACCCAGCUCCCUCCCUUCUCCCCUGUCCCUACCUGGGUGAACACGUUGUGCUACACAUGAAUAGCAGGUUCUGGAAAUUACAUGUCAAGUAGCCAUGGGUUGGGUAUCUUCCCUUUACUCCUACCUGUGGCUUAAGUGUCUCCCACCCUACUCCAUCUGUGCAUCCAUCUGAGUGUCCCUAUUGCUGCUCCCUCCCUCCCUCUUGUUUCCCUCUGUUCAAUUGGACUCCAUAGAUGCUGGGUGUGCUCUAUUUAUUUACUUAUUUAUUUACAAUGAUACCAAAUAAAACUGUGUUUGAACUAUG